UUACAAUAAGCUUCUUCCUUCAACUAUAAGCUCUUUCCUUUUACAAUUUUUUGUUACUUAACUUCCUCAACUACACACAACGCUACACAAUCAAUCAAAUUCCGUACAACCCACCAAGCUUUUCACUUCCGCUAGUUGAGUGUUUACUAAGAACAAGUGAAAAGAUUGGUGCUGAUGGCUUCAACUCUGCUUUUGGUGGUUGUUUGUGUCUUUGAUGUCAUUGCUUUUGCACUUGCUGUUGCUGCUGAGCAUAGGAGGGCUAAAGCUUCAUACUAUUCAGAUGCAAACGGAAGCUAUUGCGUUUAUGAUUCAGAUUAUGCAACCGGCUUGGGCGUGGGGUCGUUGCUAUUACUUAUGGCUAGUCAGGUCAUUAUAAUGCUGGUAACUCGAUGCUUGUGCUGUGGGACGGCUCUGAGACCUGGCCGUUCCAGGGUAUGGGCCAUCACGUUAUUCAUCACUUGCUGGGUGACAUUUUUUAUUGCUGAGGUUUGCUUGUUGGCGGGUUCAGUGAGAAAUGCCUACCACACUAGGUACAGGUCUGUGCUGUCGAAUCAUCCUCCCUCUUGCGCAACCUUGAGAAAGGGAGUUUUUGGGGCUGGGGCCGCCUUCAUUGUCUUCACCGGCAUAGUCUCUGAGCUUUUUUACGUUUACUACUCUGAGGCUAAUAAUGAAGGUUUUCAACCUGCUAGAGAAACCGGCAUCAGGAUGGGGACCUACCACAAGUGAACUCCUUUGGAAAGGGCACAUGUUCUUUCAUCUCUUUUUUAUUUUAUUUCAUAAUAUAUAUAUUUUUUACGUAUUAAUCUUUGUGGUGAUUGUGGUGAACUUGAAUAACAGACUAUGCGAUGGAGUGAUGACAUUGUAAAUUGCUUUUAAUUUGUUGUACAUAAACUUGUACUCGGUUAAAUGGUGCUUGCUUAUGAAUGAUUAUAUUGCUAUUUUCUGGCGGACAA